AUGAAGAUACUAUUUUUAAUAAUUGAUGGUGUUGCUGAUGUUGGUACACCAGAGACAUAAUUUAAGACUCCACUUUAAUUGGCUGAAAUUCCUAUUAUGAAUUAAAUAGCUUCAACAGGAUUAGCAGGUUUAAUGGACCCAGUUGAACCAGGAUUAUCUUGUGGAAGUGAUACUGCUCAUAUGAGUAUUUUUGGUUAUGAUCCAUUUACAUAAUACCGAGGUAGAGGAGCAUUUGAAACUAUGGGUUCUGGAAUAGAUAUGUAAGUAGGUGAUAUAGCAUUUAAAUGUAAUUUUGCAUACAUGGAUAAUGGAAUUGUUAAAUUAAGAAGAGUUGAUAGAGAAUUUCCUGAAUGGGGACUUCCUUUAAUUGAUGCACUUAAUACCUAACUUAAAACACCUAUUUAAAUAUAAGCUAAUCAUGCUACAGAACAUCGUAUUGGAUUAAAAGUUGUAUCAAAUCAUUAUUCUGGAGAAUUAACAGAUGAAAUUAUUGGAACUGAUCCACUUAAAGAUAAUCUACCUUUACGAUUAGCUAAACCUAAAGUAUAAUCAGAUAAAGCAAUUAGAACUGCAAAUAUCAUUAAUGAACUCUCUGAUUCUAUACAUAAAAUGUUAUCUGAACAUCCUAUUAAUAUAUAAAGAUAAUCAUAAGGAUUACCAACUGCUAAUGUAGUACUAUUAAGAGGAUGUGGAUAAAGAAUUUAAGUACAAAACUUCUAAGAAAAGUAUGGAUUGAAAGGAGCUGUCAUUGCUCCCACUGCAAUUAUUCAAGGAUUAUCUAAAACUAUUGGUUUAGAAUGGCAUCAUGUUGAAGGAGCUACUGGAGAUUAUAAUAGUAAUUUCAUUAACAAAGGUUAAAAAGCCAUUGAAUUAUUAUAAAAUCAGUAUGACUUUGUUUUCUUACAUAUUAAAGCUGUUGAUGAUGCUGGUCAUGAUAAAAAUAAAGAUCUUAAAAUUAAAUAUUUAUAGAAAGUUGAUCAAAUGUUGAAUUACAUUGUUACUAACAUUCAAUUAUAAGAUUUAGUUAUAGCAGUUACUGGAGAUCAUACAACUCCAUAUGCUUAUGGAGAUCAUACAUUUCAAAGUGUACCAUUUAUUAUAAGUAAAUUGAGUCUACUCAAUGGAUAAAAGAAUGAUAUUUUAUUUAAUGAAAUCUCAUGUCUUAAAGGAGCCUUGGGUAGAUUUUGCGGUAAAUAAGUGAUGUAGAUUAUUAAAUAGUAUAGUUCAUGAUUAUAUUUUAAUAUAAAUUAUUUUUCUGUUAUGAAGUUAUUUGAAGAAGUUAACAACCUUUUAGACACAGACAAAGAUAAAAUGGCACGAGAGUAACAUAUUCUUAAACGUUUAGUACUUAUGAUAAAUUACUUGAUUUAUAAACAGAAAACUAUACAUUCUAUGAAGUUAAUGAUUAAUUCUUUACCGAAAAACAUACAAAAUUAGAUAAGUACCUAAGAAAAAUAAAGGAGUCAAUUAUAAAAAAUACGAAAAAUAUAGAAAAUUUUAAGAAUGNGUUCUGGAAUAGAUAUGUAAGUAGGUGAUAUAGCAUUUAAAUGUAAUUUUGCAUACAUGGAUAAUGGAAUUGUUAAAUUAAGAAGAGUUGAUAGAGAAUUUCCUGAAUGGGGACUUCCUUUAAUUGAUGCACUUAAUACCUAACUUAAAACACCUAUUUAAAUAUAAGCUAAUCAUGCUACAGAACAUCGUAUUGGAUUAAAAGUUGUAUCAAAUCAUUAUUCUGGAGAAUUAACAGAUGAAAUUAUUGGAACUGAUCCACUUAAAGAUAAUCUACCUUUACGAUUAGCUAAACCUAAAGUAUAAUCAGAUAAAGCAAUUAGAACUGCAAAUAUCAUUAAUGAACUCUCUGAUUCUAUACAUAAAAUGUUAUCUGAACAUCCUAUUAAUAUAUAAAGAUAAUCAUAAGGAUUACCAACUGCUAAUGUAGUACUAUUAAGAGGAUGUGGAUAAAGAAUUUAAGUACAAAACUUCUAAGAAAAGUAUGGAUUGAAAGGAGCUGUCAUUGCUCCCACUGCAAUUAUUCAAGGAUUAUCUAAAACUAUUGGUUUAGAAUGGCAUCAUGUUGAAGGAGCUACUGGAGAUUAUAAUAGUAAUUUCAUUAACAAAGGUUAAAAAGCCAUUGAAUUAUUAUAAAAUCAGUAUGACUUUGUUUUCUUACAUAUUAAAGCUGUUGAUGAUGCUGGUCAUGAUAAAAAUAAAGAUCUUAAAAUUAAAUAUUUAUAGAAAGUUGAUCAAAUGUUGAAUUACAUUGUUACUAACAUUCAAUUAUAAGAUUUAGUUAUAGCAGUUACUGGAGAUCAUACAACUCCAUAUGCUUAUGGAGAUCAUACAUUUCAAAGUGUACCAUUUAUUAUAAGUAAAUUGAGUCUACUCAAUGGAUAAAAGAAUGAUAUUUUAUUUAAUGAAAUCUCAUGUCUUAAAGGAGCCUUGGGUAGAUUUUGCGGUAAAUAAGUGAUGUAGAUUAUUAAAUAGUAUAGUUCAUGAUUAUAUUUUAAUAUAAAUUAUUUUUCUGUUAUGAAGUUAUUUGAAGAAGUUAACAACCUUUUAGACACAGACAAAGAUAAAAUGGCACGAGAGUAACAUAUUCUUAAACGUUUAGUACUUAUGAUAAAUUACUUGAUUUAUAAACAGAAAACUAUACAUUCUAUGAAGUUAAUGAUUAAUUCUUUACCGAAAAACAUACAAAAUUAGAUAAGUACCUAAGAAAAAUAAAGGAGUCAAUUAUAAAAAAUACGAAAAAUAUAGAAAAUUUUAAGAAUGCAUAUGAUUUUGGAAGCAUGUUAAGUGUUAAAGAAAAAUUCAAAUUACUUAGCAUAGAAAAAUUUUAUAAAGAAUAAGGUAAAUUGCCUAAAUGGUUUGAUGAAUAUAAAAUGGAUCAAUUGGAGAGAGCAAGAGAAAAUUUAAAUGGUUUUGCUUUGCGUUCUUAUCGAAAUAGAGUUAAUGAGACAGUAAUGGCGGAAAGGAAACGACUUGAAAAAAAGGUUUUAAAUUUAAUCGAUGAAAUUCAUACAACUUAUACUUUAGAAGGAAAAUUGGAUCUACCUAUUUUAAAAAUUUAAGAAUUAUAACAUUGUAAAUAAUAUAGUUAAUCUAAAUUAGUACUUGAAGAAUUAUAAGAGUAUGAUCGUAUUAUUCCUGAAUUAGUUAUAGUAGUUAUGCAUAAAGUAGAUGAAAUAUGUGCAUAAAUAGUUAGGAACUUCAUUGAAUUUUAGUCCAAAUGUGAAAAUCUAUUUAAAUGA